AUGAAUGGGGCUCAAUUUUUGGAGAUCUUCUAUGAGAAAUACUUUCCACAAAGUAACCGAGACAGGAAGGUGUCGGAGUUUGAAAACUUGAAGCAAGGAAACAAGACCAUAGCGGAGUAUGAAGUGCAAUCUACCAAAUUAGCCUGUUUUGCACCGUACAUGGUCGAUACGGACUACAAGAAGGCGAGGAAAUUUGAGGGAUGUCUUCAAGACUCCAUUCUUGAGAAGAUUAAUAUAUUGCAGGUACAGAAAUAUGUGGAUGUAUUAGAUAAGGCCAUCAUAGUGGAAGGUAACCAAGCCAACCACAACUGGUACUCGGAUUGGAAGGGCAAAAGGCAAGGCUCCAUUGUGCGUAAAGGGUCGGCAUCCUCACAAAGUAAGAAGCAAAAUUUGGGAACUUCCAACACUUCAGGUUCUACUUGUGAUUCGUCACCAACUUACCCAGAGUGCGGAAAGAAGGGCCAGAGGGUUUUUUAUCGAGCAUUAGGAGCUUGCUUUAAUUAUGGAAAGACGGGGCAUAUGGUGAGAGAUUGUCCUAUGUUUGGGCAACAAAAAGGGAAUAGGCCAUCUGCUAGUUCAGCCGGCUCCACUCCUGCAACAAAGAAGAUUGUCCUAUGUUUGGGCAACGAAAAGGAAAUAGGCCAACUGCUAGUUCAGCCAGUUCUACUUCUGCAACAAAAACCUUGGCAAGGCCUACUUCUUUUAGAGACAAUAUAUAUGGAACCCUUGAAUUAUGUGUUGUGCGUGUCUCUCCCAUUCGGGGACUAUGUGUUGUGUGCUUCUAUGUAUCCUGCAUGUGAGCUUUUACUUAAAGAUAUUCCAUUGUGGGCUAAUUUGAUGCCUCUUGAUAUGGUACACUUUGAUAUAAUUUUGGGAAUGGAUUGGUUAGCUAAGUAUCAUACAACCAUUGAUUGUGUGUCUAAGCAAGUUGUUUUCCGCCCACCGGGUCAGGAGAAAACUGAGGUGGGUGUUGAAAAUAUUCAAAUUUUUAGUGAGUUUCCAGAUGUAUUUCAUGAAGAAUUUCCAGGGGACUUGAUAGAUCGUGAGAUUGAAUUUGUCAUUGAUAUUGUACCGGGUACUCAACCUAUUUCGAAGGCUCUGUAUAGAAUGUCUCUGGCAGAAAUGAAGGAAUUGAAAAUAUAG